AUGAGUGUACCAAAGACAGCCUAUAGCAUUGCCGCUGCCAACUUGCACUGGCUUACUGCAAUUCCAGCUGUUGGAUGUGUUGCUACUGUCCUUCAGGCACAACAAGCACCAAAGGAGGACAAGGGGAAAUUGAUGCAUCGUCACAAGAGCUUGGGACUUCUUACGGGAAUGAUCGUGGUUCCCCGAGUUGGCUACCGUCUCUUCAACAGAUCUGCUUACAAGGUUUUUCCAUUGGAUGGAAGUAAGCUUGAGCAUUUUGCUGCUAACGCCACUCAUGUUGGUUUGUAUGCCUUCAUGACAAUCAUGCCAGCUUCUGGUAUUGCUAUGGGUUAUUACGGUGGCAAGGGACUUCCAUUCUUCUGGACUUCUUUUCCUGGUAUCACCAAGACCCCAGAGAACAAGAAGAGCACAGGGAAAAUUGCUGGGCAGAGCUUCAAAAUUCACAAGACACUUGGUACCUAUGGAAAAUUCCUUAUCCCUCUUCACGUCGGAGGUGCCUUUUCACAUGUCUUCAAGGGACAGUCAAUCUUUUCUCGAAUUCUUCCAUGGGGCAGACCUAAAAUGUAA